CUCUGUUGACUCCGUACAUCGAGCGUCACCUAACCGACCGGCAGGAUUUGAACGGCGGGCGCGGUUUUCCACAACAGAGAGAGAAAGAGAGAGCGAGCAGCGGUAUACACAGACUUAUAUCGGUUAAUUCUGAGUAAAUAUUCAGCUCUGAGAGUGAGAUGGAGAGCAGCGCGGAUUUCAAAACCCCCCGAAAACCAGCCCGAGUGAAGAGUCCAGGUAGUGCUUGUAGUACUCCAGUUACUAUCCCAGCCUCUCCAUUUAUGAAGAAGCUUGGAUGUGGGACAGGAGUGAAUGUGUAUCUUAUGAACAGAAACGGGAAACAAACUCAUUCACCUUGGGCUGUAAAGAAGAUCAACAGCAAGUGUGCAAAGAAGCAGACGAAUAUCUAUCAAAAACGGCUGUCUGAAGAGGCAAAGAUUUUAAAAGAUCUGCAGCACCCUAACAUUGUUGGCUUCAGAGCCUUCACCACAGCAAAAGAUGGCUCUAAAUGCUUGGCUAUGGAGUACGGAGGGGAACAGUCUCUCAAUGACCUGAUUGAAAAGAGAAGAGAGGAGGGAUUACCGGCCUUUCCAGUUGCCACCAUUGAAAAAGUGGCCCUCCAUGUAGCCCGUGGUUUACAGUACUUGCACAGUGAAAAGAAGCUACUACAUGGAGACAUGAAAUCUUGCAAUGUUGUCAUUAAAGGCGACUUUGAAAGUAUCAAAAUCUGUGAUGUGGGCGUAUCCCUUCGGUUAGAUGAAAAUAUGCAGGUGAGCAAUCCAGAUGCCUACUAUAUAGGAACGGAGCCAUGGAAACCCAAAGAGGCCCUGGAGGAGGGGCUGAUUACUGAUAAAGCUGAUAUUUUUGCAUAUGGCCUCACUCUGUGGGAGAUGAUGACUUUAUCUGUGCCUCAUCUGGAGAUGCUGGACACUGAGGGUGAUGAAGAUGAUGAUGACUCUUUUGAUGAGGAUGACUUUGAUGAAGAUGCAUAUUACGAGAGACUGGGGACUCGACCUCCGCUUGAUGCAGCUACUCUUGGGGGCGCCUAUCAGAGGAUGGUGGAGCUUUUCUGUCUCUGCACUGAGGAGGACCCCCGCAAAAGACCUUCAGCUGCACACAUUGUUCAUGUGCUGGAAUCUAACAGCCAGCUCGAUGACAAAAGUAAUGAGGUGAUAGUCAUAGACUAAUGUGGAUAUUCAUGUAAGCUAUAUCAAAAAUGGAUUGUCUUUCCCCUUAUGUUUUUUCACCCCUGUCUGUUCUGUAAAUGUUUGUUUUUAAAUGUAAUGUAAUCAAAUUUACAGUUUGUUUGGACCUAAUUUGUAAAUAAAUUCAAUUCUCAAUGA